CUGGCAUCGCAGAGCAUUGUUGCUCAAACAGCACGUUCGUCGCGGUGCACGAUCAUAUUUUGGGACAAACGCUGGUUAGAACAGCCGGUUGAUGCGGACCAUGAAGCCGGUACCUCGAUUCUGCCGGCCGUGCGCACCACACCGCGCUGUUCAAAUUCAAGGCCCCAAAGGCAACCUCCAGCAGGCCCUCCCGCCGGCGCCCGCGGCGGGCAUGGGGACCAAGCCGGAGCCGCUCGCGUUCGCCGGGCCCGGGCCGUUAUUGUCGCCGCGGGCAGACGAUGAGCCCGGCGCCGGCCCCGCCGCCGGCCGCGUCUGCGAGCUCGUCAACGCGGGCCCGCCGAUGAUCAGCGGCGAGGCCAUCGUCAACGCGUGGAAGGAGCGACGGCGGUCGCACGCGACGCCGCCGCUGCCGCAGCACCCCCAGCUCCCCGCCGACUGCUACUCGCACAUCCUCAAAUUUAUCAACGUCGCGGACCGGCCGAUCACGAAUCGCGCGUCAUUGGUUUCGUAUGUGCAGAAGAAAAAUAGGCGCUUGGGCGCGAUCCCGCUCCUCGUCGACCUGUCCUGGCACGGCGGCACUUGCCUCGGAAGGUACUGCGUCUGUCGAGCCGCGACGCUCCAGGAGCGCAUCGAGGAGUACGCGCGCGACGACCGGCUGUAUACGUAAGAGAUUGUUC